CUUUCCUCUACUACAUUCUGUUGCUCAACAGGUAGUUUAUCGUCUGCUUUCACAUCAGGCUGUAAAACAGAUGUGUUUAAAAGUGCUAUGAUUGCUACGGGUGUACUUCUUCUUUUCCGGAGCUGACACAGAACAUGUGCUGUUUGUGAAUAUUCUAUUUGAGUGUCACAAACUGAAACGCCAAGAUGAAAUUCGCUGAACAUCUGUCUGCUCAUAUCACUCCAGAAUGGCGUAAACAAUACAUAAACUAUGAGGAGAUGAAAGCCAUGUUGUACGUGGCCGUAGAAGAGGCUCCGUCAGCGGAGACUGUUGAGCCGGACGAAGUAACAAGACACUUCACCAAGUUUGACGAGAUGUUCUUCAGCUACUGCGACAAAGAACUUCUCAAAAUUAACACGUUUUAUUCUGAAAAGUUGGCAGAAGCAACAAGAAAGUUUGCCACCCUGCGAAGCGAGCUCUCUUCUUCGCUUCAGCAAAAAGGAAAAGCCAAAAGAAAACAUGACGUUCCAAUUAGGAAAUUGAAUGAUCUGAAGCUGGCAUUCAGCGAAUUCUACCUCAGCCUUAUCUUGCUGCAGAAUUAUCAGAACUUGAACUACACUGGGUUUAGGAAGAUUCUCAAAAAACAUGACAAGCUCCUCAACGUUGAGCUGGGGGCCAAAUACAGGACAGAACAUGUGGAGUCGGCUCACUUCUACACCAACAAGGACAUUCCUCGCCUCAUCACAGAGACGGAGGCGACAGUCACUCAGGAGCUGGAAGCAGGCGACCGCCAACGAGCUAUGAAGCGACUCAGAGUUCCGCCCCUCGGCGAGAAACAAAGCCCCUGGACCACGUUCAAAGUGGGACUGUUCUCCGGGUCAUUCGUUGUCUUGUUUAUCGCUGUUGUUCUUUCUGCAAUUUUCCAUGACGGUGGGACAGCCAACUUGAACACAGCAUUUAAACUUUACCGAGGGCCGUUGCUCAUAGUUGAGUUUCUAUUCCUUAUCGGAGUCAACGUCUACGGCUGGAGAUCUUCGGGAGUAAAUCACGUCCUGAUAUUUGAGUUGGACCCUCGUAACCAUCUGUCGGAGCAACACCUCAUGGAGAUGGCUGCUAUUAUGGGGGUCGUGUGGACAUUGAGUAUGCUGAGUUUCUUGUACAGUGCUUCACUCAGCAUCCCACCCUACGUGAAUCCCCUCAGUCUGGCCAUUAUAUUUCUGGUCUUCACCAUCAACCCGAUUCACACGUUCCGACAUGAAGCGAGAUUCUGGUCCUUGAAAGUUAUUGGCAAAAUGAUUUCCGCUCCCUUUUUCCACGUUGGAUUUGCUGACUUCUGGCUGGCUGAUCAACUCAACAGUCUAGUAACUGUUUUACUGGACAUGCAUUUCCUAGUUUGCUUUUAUUUCACAAACGGAAACUGGCUCGAAACUACGGGAGUUGAUAUCCAUAACUGUUCUGGAGGCGAGAUGUUCCUUAUCAGUCGUACUUUGGUCAACUGCGUCCCAGCGUGGAUCCGUUUUGCACAGUGUCUUAGGCGGUACUACGACUCCAGGGAAGCCUUCCCUCACCUCGUCAAUGCUGGAAAAUACUCAACUACAUUCUUCGUAGCUUUCUUUGCUCUUCAGCGAGCUCGCAGUAAAGAGGAGUUCCAGAAUGAGUGGGACAACCCGUACCUCUACUGGUGGCUGCUAGCGUCCACCGUCAGCUCCAUCUACGCGUACACGUGGGACAUCAAAAUGGACUGGGGACUCCUAGACCAGCACGCGGGCGAGAACACAUUCCUUAGGGAGGAAAUCGUCUACACUAGCACUGCAUUCUACUACUUUGCAAUCCUUGAGGAUCUGGUGCUCAGGUUCGCUUGGAUUUUCUCCUUCGCUCUGGUACAGAUAGACUUCUGUUCUAACGACCUUAUCACUUCAGCUACGGCCAUUUUGGAAGUGUUUAGGAGAUUUGUAUGGAACUUUUUCCGAUUGGAGAACGAGCACUUGAACAACUGUGGUAAGUUCAGAGCUGUCAGAGAUAUAUCUGUGGCACCUAUAGACGCGAGCGAUCACACACAGAUCAUCAGAAUGAUGGAUGAAGAGAACGGAGUGACAAACAGAAAACCGCAGCGGAAGUCAGUAAAGAAACAAUCAAAAGAAGACAAGAAACAAUUGUUAGCCAAAGAUAACAUAAGUGAAUUGGGAAUAUCAAUACCUCCUUUAAACUAGGUUGAAUAGCUUUUCAUGUGACUGUACAUAAUGUUAAUUGCAUGACAUUGUCUUAAACUUUAUUACUGUAUACAUUUUAAGGUGCUAAUAGUUGAACUAUGUGUAAGAAUAUGACGUUUAAUAAUCUAAAAAGUAAUAUAUCAUGUUUUUCGUCAUACUGCAGCAAAAACAGCCGUUUUUUAUACAUGUGUUACGGGUCGCGAGUAGCGUUUUUAAUCCAAGGGAUGUAAAAACUAAAAAUUCUUUUUAGUUCCUAAGGGAGUAAAAAUCAGCUGUUGUAAACAGUUGUCGAUUUUGAUUUUAGCAAUCACAUGGAUCAAAAUUAUUUAUCGAUUGAUUUAUUAGGUAAGGUUUUAGCUUAUUGUUGCAUUCUUGUCAAUAGUUUGACAUAUCAAUGGUAUAAUGUACGUACAGUAACACAAUCGUGAUAGACAAAAUUAUUGAAUCACUCACUAAACAACUGCAUAUUUACAUUAGCAGAAUUGAAAAAAGCUGGAAGAUAUUUUGACAGGUUAACUUUACAUGAAAAUUAUCUUCAAUUUUAACCUAGAUUGAUUAAAUAAAUUUGUGCAAUAGUGUAUGACGAAAUGUAGUUCAUCACUCCGGCAAAAAGUGUCUUUGCAACCUUCGCUCAUUUUGCGACCUCGGCUUCACCUCGAUCGUAAAACUUGAACUCGGGUUGAAAAAGUAAAUUUUUAUGAAAUAUACUCUUUUUACAAUUUCACUUUAGGUAUCUUCUUAAGAGGUUUGGUUGAAGAGGGUGUUUCUUAUAUGAAAUGUAGGCCAAAAAAUGGUGUUUGAGAAUAAACACGGAGUAACUUAUGCUACUUAAAACCAUCGAAGUAGUCAUCACACUUUUUUGGUCAAUGAGAAGAUUGACAUAAUCUAGCGGCUGUGAUGCAGACUGUUUAAACCAAAAGAGAUUUUAUUCUGUUCAAAUUUUAAGCAGUUUAGUGAGUAGGCUUAAAGCUAUUUUGUAAUUUGAUAACAGGAUAAAAACAGUAUGUUGUUGAAAAAACAGAAAAGAUAAAUGUUGAAAUAAGACUGUGCAGAGGCUUAAUAACUCCAGCUUGAUUGUUUGUUUAAAACUUUAAUUAAAAUAAAUAAAUAAAACUGCAAAAACUUAAAGGUUGUUAUUAUGAAACAUCUUUAUAGGAAAAAUUAGCGCUGUACUUGAUGUGCAGGCUAAACCUAACCUUUAAAUACCACAUCAGUAAAGUCUAGGAUGAAUGAGUUUUUCAAUAGGCUACUAAUUAUUUAUUCAAUAGACCUUUUACUAGCAGAAAAAAAAUACAGAAGCCUUAAUAUCAAGUCUACUAAAAGAAGUUAGUUUGCUUGAAAGAUUGCUGCAAAUUGAAAAUCUUAAACCAAUACAUAUUUCUGUUUGUCACCGCCUUGGCAUCUGAAAGUGAUUACAUUAUUUGAUCAAUGUUACUAAAAUAAGUGCCUUUCUUUUUUGCUUGUCAUUAAGCAAAGUAAUAUUUAUGUAAGUUUUAUAGUAAAUAGGCCAAUAAGUUGUUGUUUCUAAUUUAAUGUAUAAUUAUACUGUACAAUUAUUAUUGGAUUUUAGAUAAAUUCAAAGCCAUCUAAUGUUUAAACGCCUAAUUUUCCAACUACUGUACAUUAUUUAAUCCAUAGGCCUACAACUUUCUAGCUAGUUUAAGACUGUUAUCAUAGCCUCUAAUACAAGGACGCGGCGGACAAAACUGCUGUUCCAGCAAACUGAAACGACUGUUGUACUAAUUCAUAUGGAGCUUCCGCCCAAUGUUUUUGUUUACACUUUUGUUUUUACUGUUAUCACUAUGGCAACAGGAUGGCUAGCGCGACCUUGCCACAGCCUUGUAUUAGAGGAGGCUAUGCUAAAUGCUUUAUGACAAGGCUUACUACAAAAUCUUGUAACAAGAUUGGUUGGACCAAUCCAAGUAUUAUUACCAGUCUUAUGCAUUUCUUGUAUUUUUACUGUGGUUAAUUUUGUAAUAAAUAUUAAUUUACUUGA